AGAAUAGAGGAGUCAGAUGAAGAAGACGAGCAAGACAAGGCGAAUGAGGUUGAAGUCGCCACAAGAGAGAUAAAAGUUGAGAAAGACGAGAAAAUAUUCGACGGUGACGCAGACGAGAAAAGUAAAAAGAAGGAGAAAGGCAAAGAAGGUAAAGAUGAGAAACAAAAGGAUGCAAAAAAAGAUAAAGCUGAGAAGAAGAGAAAACUUGAGGACAAAUAUAAAAGCAAAGGUCUAGAUAAGUUGAAAUCCAAGUUUGAGAAGAUCAAUGCCAAACUGGAAGCUCUUCAGCAGAGAAAAGCGGACAUCCUGAAGACAAUAAAAGAAGCCGAGGAUAAAAACUUAGCGGUGGUUGAGAGUCCUAAAGAGGCAGAGCCGAAGGCACAAGAUGGAGUAGUGGUCGAACAGUGA